UUCUUCUCCAUCCCCAUUUCUAUCUGCGCAUGUCUCUCUCUCUUCUCUCUCUUCUCUCUUCUCCAUAAAAACCAAACAAAGUUCCCAAAAAAUCUCACUCUCUUGUACCCUAAAGUUUCAACCUUUAACCCUUAACAAACCCAAAAACGAAAAAAGCUUCAACCUUUUCUUCGAUUCCCGCCGUUUUCACUCCCCAAAAAGAAAGCUUUCGUUUUUCAUUCUCCGAUUAUGCCGACGUCUGACUCCGGUGAAUCGCGACGGAUAGCUAUGAAGCCUCACGGCGUAACAGCUCCGAACACUGAGCAGCAAGAGCAGCUCCCUUGUCCUCGUUGUGACUCAAACAACACUAAGUUCUGUUACUACAACAACUACAACUUUUCUCAGCCUCGUCACUUCUGCAAAGCCUGUCGUCGUUAUUGGACUCACGGUGGUACUCUCCGUGACAUUCCCAUCGGCGGUGGUACUCGCAAAGGAGCCAAACGUUCCCGCACUUGCUCCUCCAACUCAGCCUCCUCUGUUUCUGCCGUUAACUCUGUCGUCUCUACCGCUAACGGCGUUCGUUGCGUUACGCCUGUUCUCUUUCCUCAGUCUAACGGCGCUACUCACAGCGUAAACGCUCCGCUUGACAGUGACGCAAAGGGAAGUGCUUUAUCUCUCUGCGGAAGUUUCACCUCUCUGUUGAACCAUAACGCUGCUGCAACGGCCACACAUGGAUCCGGUUCGGUUAUUGGACUCGGAGGAUUCGGAAUCGGACUCGGGUCGGGUUAUGAUGACGUUGGCUUUGGACUUGGUAGAGCGAUGUGGCCUUUUUCAACUGUGUGUGAUGCUGCGACGACGAAUGUAGGGAGUAACGGUGGUCAUCACGUUGUUCAGAUGCCAGCCACGUGGCAGUUCGAGGGUUUAGAGAGCAACGUAAGCGGUGGCUUCGUCUCCGGUGAGUACUUUGCGUGGCCGGAUCUCUCCAUCACAACACCAGGGAACUCACUCAAAUGAGAAGACUUUACACAAAGCUUGUGUCUUUUACUAGAGUGUUUCAGUCUCUUUGCCUUUUUUUUUAGUUUCUCUCUAUUGGGGUGUCUUAAUCUCUUAGUGUGUCUUGUCAUUUUAGUACCUGUGUUCGGAAACUAGAAAGCAGAGAAAGUUUGAGUUUUUUUUUGGCUCUAUGAUCUUAGUUUGAUGCUAUCUCCUCUGUUUGACAACUGAUUUCGAAUUGAAAUGACGAUACUUGUUUACAACAA